AUGCAGCGAGGCCACAGGUGUACCGACCAGCUCCUCCUUACCCGACGUCUGCGUCGACUUUUCGCUCGUGUCAACGAGCGCCAACCGCUGCUGCAUCACCACCAGGGCGAUGAGUCUCUGUCCUGGUUUCACGCGGCAUCGCGUCCGUUAGAGGCAUUGCAUCACCUUCGCUCACCGCAAACGAACCCAUCCAAACUUGCCUGGGCACCGGCGUCCUUCGCCGCAGAGGCUGACGGUGCCCCUCCACAAACGAAACCAGAAGAUCGGUUACGCGAGCGCGCACCACCGCAUCUCGCGGCACCACCGGGAGACCCGCCUCCGUCUGCUCACCCCGCCGCGCCGCAACUGUCCUUUCUCAUGAAUGCCUCCUUUCUGCAUGAAACCUGCCUUUUCUUGCUGCUCCUGCGCCACCCGCUGCCGAGCAGCUCACUGUCUCGGCUGAGCUCCCUGUCGGAGCGGGAGCCUCUGCAGGUUCACGGUCACGGCACUGUAGCCGAGGAGACAACGCACUAUAUUCUGCAGAACGGUCUCUGGCGUUCGUGUUUACCGUGUUCUGUCGAGGCAACGUGGCUCAGGGCAGCCACCCCCGCCGUCGACGUUCAACUAGAGCUCGGCGCCAGCACAGACCCCACUGCCGGAGACGAUCAAGCUCCUAAUGAUAGCUUAGGUGAGCGCGGCGACGCUCGUGAGCCAGCAUUGGCGCGUCUCUGCAGCCACGACUACCUCGAGCAUCUCAUCUGGCCAACGCAGGCGGCAGGGGCCGUGAGGCCUGACCUCACUGCGGACUGCGUGUGGGUUGAUGCGUCGAGCGUGCGAGCGCGCGCUCUUCACUCCUACAACGAUGCCUUCUGGGCACCCUUCAGCACAAGCCACAGCUUCGCCGCGUGGCACCGCGCGUCACUGUGUGCAACCCUAGACAACCAGCGCGCUGCCGCCAGUUUGGAGGCGUUGAGGUGGACCGGUGACCUGUACAUAUGCGGCUGA